UUAUUUCACGAACCCCAAGAACUAACUUGCAUGAAGUAUAAGUAUCAAAAAUAUAUUGUUGAAGAUAACGCAACACUAGCCAAGAUCCUUCACCAUGGCCUCACAAGCAGUGCAGUUGCGUAUCGAACACAGUCGAGUGGUUAUGGACAAUGGCAUAGUGCAAGUGUAUUUAUCCAACCCAGGUGGAUUUGUUACCAGAAUACAAUAUAAUGGCACUGAUAAUCUUCUUGAAAUUCUUAACGAAAGAGAUAAUAGAGGGUAUUGGGACGUUGUUUGGAGUGAAGCUGGAAGCACAGGAACAACUGGGACAUUUGAAAGGAUUGUGGGAACAAGUUUUAGUGUUGUGACGGAAAAUGAAGAAAGGGUUGAAAUCUCGUUCACUAGUAAGUGGGAUCCAUCUCUGAAGGGAAAGAGAGCACCUCUUAAUAUCGACAAAAGGUAUGUGAUGCUUCGUGAUUCGUCGGGAUUCUAUUCUUACGCCAUUUUUGAGCACUUAGUGGAAUGGCCUGCUUUCAACAUACCUCAAAUAAGGAUUGUUUACAAGCUUCGUAAAGACAUAUUUGAUUACAUGGUGGUGUCGGAUAAUAGACAAAGAUUUAUGCCUCUUCCGGAUGAUAGAUUACCGGGAAGAGGAAAAGAACUAGUUCCACCUGAGGCAGUUUUGCUCGUCAAUCCUGUGGAGCCAGAAUUUAAGGGAGAGGUGGAUGACAAGUACCAAUACUCGAGUGAGAACAAAGAUCUUAAGGUUCAUGGGUGGAUAAGUUCCCAAUCCGAAACAGAUCCAGCCAUGGGAUUUUGGGUAAUCAUACCCAGUAAUGAGUUCCGAUCGGGUGGCCCAGUUAAACAGAACCUUACUUCCCACGUAGGCCCAAUAAGCCUCGCGAUGUUUCUUAGUGCUCACUACGCAGGAGAGGAUAUAGUUUUGAAACUCCAGCCUAACGAGCCGUGGAAGAAAGUUUUUGGACCAACUUUUGUUUAUCUCAACACUUUGUUAGAUGCUGAUGACCCAGUACAGCUCUGGGAGGACGCUAAAAACCAGAUGGAGGAGGAGGUUGAGAGUUGGCCCUAUGAUUUUCCAGCUUCAGAAGAUUUUCAAAAGUCUAGCCAACGGGGCAGUGUGUGUGGCACAUUACUAGUUCGAGACAGGUAUCUAAGUGAUGAGUACAUAAUAGCACGAGAUGCAUAUGUGGGAGUGGCACCACCAGGAGAAGCUGGAUCUUGGCAAAGAGAAUGCAAGGGAUACCAGUUUUGGAGUAGAGCAAACGAAGAAGGGUACUUCUCAAUCAACAAUAUACGCAUGAUGUUAUAUUACUUGUUUAUACUUCAGUCCUUGUUAAUGCAAUAUGCAGGUUGUGAAAUAGAUGUUGGUGAAAUUAUUUAUGAGCCACCAAGAGAUGGCCCAACAUUAUGGGAGAUAGGAAUUCCUGAUCGCUCUGCUAAUGGAUUCUAUGUUCCUGAUCCUAAUCCCAACUUCAUAAACAAGCUUUUUGUCGACCAUCCAGACAAGUUUAGGCAGUAUGGAUUGUGGGAAAGAUAUGCGGAGUUGUACCCAAAUGAGGAUUUAAUCUAUACAGUGGGUGCCAGUGACUACACAAAAGAUUGGUUCUUUGCACAAGUCACCAGGAAGCAAGAGGAUGGCAGUUACAAAGGAACUACAUGGCGAAUUAAGUUCAACCUCGAUGAAGUGGAGCCAAGUAAAAUCUACAAAUUACGGUUGGCACUUGCAAGUGCAAAUGUCUCUGAGUUACAGGUGAGAGUGAAUGAUCCAAAACAAGAUCCUCCAUUGUUUACAACAGGAGUGAUUGGGAAGGACAAUGCCAUAGCUAGACAUGGAAUUCAUGGACUCCACUGGCUAUUCAGCAUCGACAUACCUGCUCUUCUGCUACAGAAUGGUGUUAACACUAUAUUUCUUACACAAACUAUGGCUUCUGGUCCAUUGCCCCUCUUCCAGGGCAUAAUGUACGACUAUAUUCGUCUAGAAGGUCCUACCCCUUUUCCUCCCAUAUAAAAAUAUUAAAUUAGUUUAUUCAAAAUGACCUUGUUCCUACCUACAAUAGUACAACACCUUUUACAAUUACAUAUCUUUCAUAUUGUUUGCCUAUAUUGUAUAUGAAGAUAUUAGACAUUGCACUUAACUUGAUUACAAAUUGCAUACAUUACAAUGAGGACACGAUGUUCCAUUUUACAAUCAAAUGGAACAAAGA